AUGAGCUAUGGGCAGGAUGGCAACGAACCAAAACAGCUCGCUUUGAUCCCAGGCAAUGUUGUCGUUACCCCGAAUGACUACGGUCAAAACUUGGACCGCAUCAGACAGAUGAAGGAGUUCGUCGCGAAUUAUGAGGCCCACAACGAAGCAGGCUUGCGGAAGUACUAUAGUCAAGAGCAGGAACUGAAGAGACGUAUUGAAGAGGGUCGGGAAGCCGAGCGUCUGUUAUCUCGCAUACAAGGUGGAAGCCAAUCAACUCCGGUUGGAGUGGGUUCGUCCCUUGAUACGACCCCCGGGCCUAGCUAUGCAAGUAGCCCCAGUUUUGGUUACACAAAUGCCCAAUCUACGUACCAGGAAGCUUCUAGGAUUGUUGAGCUCCCCAGCUCCGGACAGCAGUCACCAGAUGCGGGCAGACAGCAGUCUAGUUCAACCACAUAUCAGGUUCCGUCAAGUGUGCCGCAUCAGCAACAACCGUACAUUGCCACUGGUAGCAGCGUUAAUAUUACCCAACCUGCCUACAAUUCUUGGGCCCAACAGCAGCAUGUCCAAGCACAGAACUGGUCACAGUUGGGGCAUCCUAAGCCCAACAACCCAAUGGAUGGAUGGGGACAAUUACCAGGAGAUAGUGACUCUGUGUUGUCUGGAUCUCACUCAAACCGACAUUCUACUUCACACCUUCAACUGCCUCGAAAUGUUGGGGGCCAUUCAUCAAGUACAACCAACAGAUUUGGUAGUGCUGAUUAUCCAUCUGCAUCUCACGCACAGUCCAUACCUCCAAGCAUAACAUCAACUCUGGAUGGCGCUUUGGGCGCUUCUUUCACAUCUGGACCUGCGGAAGGUGUGAAUCAUGCCAAGGUUACAUAUUCUUCAAGUUCAGUUAAGGCAGCCUCCGCACAACCUACGCCACUUAUUGGCACUGCAGCUACCCAGAAGGAUGCUGAAAUCUGUGGUAAUAUUGUCAAUGUUCUGAAGAAUCUUAGGCCUACCACCAUUCAGACUAUCAUUGCUCUUGUUAUCACUGUUUUGCAAGUGAAGCUGAAUGUGACUGCAGCACCUGAUCAUUCAACAGUGCAAAGCCAGUCUGCUGCGGAACAAGAGCAUAUACAGAAAGUCAGCAAGUAUGUUGUUAGUCAGUUACAAGGUCUGGAUCGCAAUGCAAUUAUACGGAUUCUUAUGACUGUAAAACACAACAUGCAGUCUUCUCAGCUACCACAGACCGGCCCUCAAGCAAUCCCUCAAGCUCCAUUACCACCAGUUUCUCGUCCUUCGCAGGUGCCCACAUCUUCCCAGUUAACACACAUUCCAACCUCGACGUCGGCACCGCAUUCGCACCCGCCGGCUUCAUCCACUCCGCCCGUUACAGCGCCGUUGGCAGGUGGAGGACAACAAAGCGAAGGUCAAUAUGUGACAGCAUCACAGAUAGGGCUCAGUUGGAAUAAACAAUCGAAGCUCCCCCCUCCAGAACAUGACCGCAGAGGUGAUUCGCUUGAUCGCCGGCAUUUACUGCCGCGGCAGAUCUACGCUAAUGGAAUCGCAAACACUUCUCUUGUGCAAGCCGGAACCAGCACUGCUUCUGCACAACCGGGUUUACAACCGCCAGUGAAAUCCGUCGUGUCUCAGCCUGUCGCUAUCGCAUCAGGCUCGUCUGUACUUGUGAACGUGGCGCCAAACCCGUCUCCGUUUAUAGUCUUUCCAGAGCCUCAGACACCCCCUCGUCCUGCAGAGCGGCCACACAGCCCGUGGACACCUGCGAAAGCCGACAAGGGGCGGCUUGCGCAGGAUAUUAUACGAUCACUUGGCCGUCCGACGGGUUCGCCGUCUGUACCGCUGGUGAGGACGCAUUCGGAUGCUCAUGCAAAGGCAAAGAGAAAGAGGGCCACGGAUUCGCCGGAGACUCUCAAGAAGCAGAAAACGAGGGAGCCGAUGGAUGUCGACGGUGAAAUCAUAACCAUCGGUGCGGUAGAGAGUCAACGGAAAGAGAUGCAAAAUUCGAAUACAGGUGCUCAGCUGGAAGACGCGGGCGUGCAGCAGCAGCAGCAGCGUCAAGGGCAAAGCGCGCACAAUUUGGAGCUUGCGAAGGUGGUGGUCGCUGCCGUGGAACAUACUCCUCCGGAGUCUGUCGCUUCGCAACCGCCAUCCUCCAAGACGACAUCGCCAGGCCCGUCUUUGGAAAAAGCACCGCUUCGUACCCCGGAAAUCCCUCAGUCCGGUCAUGAACCAUCUGUGCAACCCAGUCUAGCAUCCCCUGCGCCUUCGUUCGGGAUCUCACAUCCGGAUGCAGAACCAGCACUUUCCCAGCCCGCACCAAAGGUCGACGUGAUUGAAAUUUUCGACAGUGAUGAGGACGACACCUCCUCAGCAAUCGCUCGUACGGGUCAAGCAGACUCAGGUCUGUCCCAAAUGCCUCUGUUCCUCCCCUCUCCCUCGAGUUCUGUCGGGGCUCAAGAUGACGAGCUGGCGGGUGCACCAGAACAAGGCACGGUUGACGCCGAUGGUGACUUCAACAUGGGUUCAGGAUCAUUCGUGUUGAAUACGAGCCUACUGGGGCCGGCUUCCAGCUCUAGACCAGACAAAGGCAAAGGACGAGCUCUAUCGAUAGACAUUGAUGCCAUCGACCUCACUCCGACUCCUCCAAAGAGGCUGGUCAAGAGAGCGAAGCCUCGUGUCUCCGAGGACGUCUACGUUCUUGUGCCCCCGCUCCCGACAUGGGCGAAGCGAAUGAAUGCCAGCAUCGAAGCUCGUGCUCCUCAGGCCGCGGGAUCCGAGACAGAUGAGCUGGCUGGCGAUGAUGAGAAUGAGGAAGAGCGGAGGAGGGAAGAGGCAAUGCGUCAGGAUGCUGUUCGACUCUCAUACACCAGGUUGCGCAAGGCUCCGUGUCGGUGGAGGAAUUGUGACGCAUUGUUGAACUCCGCCCAACGCCUUGACAAGCAUCUAGCGAUGCAUGUAGAAGAACAAGACGGCAAGGGAGCUUUGGUGUGUGACUGGCAGGAGUGCGCUCGCAAGUUCACCAGCAAGACAGCGUUUCUGCACCAUAUCUCCAGACAUGCUUCGACUUCCCUUUUCUGUGCCUACGAAGGCUGUAAUCGUUCCUUCACGACACCCAGAGAGCUCUUUGGUCACCACAACGGUCAUAUGCAUAGAUGGCAGAAUAUCAGAGCGACACCGAUGCCCUUCCAGCAUGUCGACGUGAAUCUUCCGCCUCUACCAGAAACGCUUCCAGCUUACAUGUCGCUCCCGAGGCGUGUCACCAGACAUCCAAUAUCCAAGGAGCUUCACAAUUGGCUGGGUCCACGUGUUUUGGCGAAUAUUUCCUUCUUCUACUGCCCUGGACUCAGAUCUCAUCACAGCACGCCGUCGCGCGGGUCUCGUCGUAUAGCUGAGAAGCUCGCGGCCGUGGAAAAGGAGAGCACAGAUCCUUCCGUUAUUCUGGAGCUCAUGCGGCGCAUGACGCACGACGAAUACGACCUCAUCGCUCAAGAAACAACGCAGAAGGCAUCCAAGCGCUGUGAUGACAUACCUUCGAGCGAGGUCACUCGACUGUGCGAUGAUGGCCUCGUGCUAUGGCCGUCCGCUGACGAGCAGCGGGAGGCGAGCGCUGAGGCCGAAGCAAAGGACGAGGAAGAGGAUCAGCUGCCUCUGGAAUCCGGACAUAACAGCCCUCCUGAGCCCGUGGACGGCGAAGGAGCGGUACGUGCAGAUCAGGCUGUAGCCGCUGGGAGCGCUGCGGGGGUUGCUAGUGGCGUGGAGGGUCCGGACGAGGUGCACGAUGGGACUAAGGACGUUGCCGACGACGUUUUGAUGCACGAUGCCAGUGAUGAUCCAGAAGUGCAUCAAGAUGGCGACGAGCAGUCUCAGCCGGAGUGGACCGCCGUGCAGAGCAAUGGAGACGACGAGGUUGCAGUAGAAUCUCUUUUGGCGUAA